UUAUCGAACGAUUGAGUGACCCAUCCAUUGCGCCGACAGCCAUUGCUAUCCUGGAACCCAUUGCAAGCAUUCUACCGCAGAUGCAAAGAUCGCCAUGCCACAACACGACUGUAGAGCGCCGGCGGACAUCAAUCAAAGCUGAUGCGACGCGCGAGAGCUAGAAGAGCGCUCGCCAUAACGUGAGAAACGCUGCGCCACAAGUCGGCCAUGUACCGCACCAACGAUCCACGAUUCCGGCGACGGUUGAACGAGCUCGGCCAGACGCUCGAAAGUGCCAAUGAGACGGCACAGAGCAGCAUCUAUAUCUUUGGACAGAACUACAUUCGACCUUGUUUGGAUAGUGUGGGAUCAUGUCUCACGACAUGCGUGGAUGCCAGCUGUCCCAGCUUAAAUCUCACCCAGCGCGAUCGAAUACGGCGGCAGCGCGGUCGAGGACGAAGUACAGGGCGCGCAGAGUCGAGCUUUGAUUUUUAUGACGACUGGGAUGAGGAUGAAAAUGAUGGGUUAUUGGGAUGGGGCAAUGAUGAGUUUGAUCGGCUAGUAGGCGCCGGGAACGGGACGGACAAUAACAACACCAGCGGCCUUGGAUAUGGAACACUCAGUGCAAGCGCGCAGCCCGGCAGAACAGGUAGCAUGGCGUAUCAACCGAAAGUCAGCAAACGCAAAGGCACGCUCCUUCCAGGCGAGAUGGGCGCAGAACCACCCAUCAUCGCCAAACCGACCUUUUUCGGCCGACUCUUUGGCGGCAAAUCCCUCCGCUACAAGCCUUCCGCCGCCGACCUUCAAGAGCAUCCCGGUACGCUGCGACUGGGCCGAAACAUCACCGAAGGCGAAGCACUCCUCGAAGAUCUCGAGGACGAUGAUGCUCGGGGCACAGGUCGUCGGCGAGCCCGUCUGCGUAGCGGGACCACUGGCUCCGCCGACACACGAGACAGCUACAGUAGCCGUGGCGACCUCUUUCCAUCAGAUGAAGAGCUCGAAGACGAUGCGGUCCCGCUCGACGACGAAUUCGCCAUGGUGCUUGAACGCCGUAUCCUCGGCUCCGGAGCAGAUACGGAGAACAGCUCCGGGCGCUCACACUCUGACGGACAAAAUCCUUACUACUCACGCGGCGGUCGCGUACGGGGCAAGCGCACAUCCUCAAAUCGAAGUCGCGCAUCGACACGGCGGACGCUGUCCUCCCGCAGCUCGAUGAGUGGCCGGAUCGGAUCAGGCAGCCGCGUGGCGAGCGGCGCGAGUCUGGCGGAGAUUCUUCCUGGACAACAAACGCAAGAUUAUCUGCAAUCAGAGACGAUUUCUCCCGAACAGACAUUCAGUCCCGAAGCCGAGGUGCCGUCCUUGAGUGAUCUCAAACUCGAAGAACGCGCGCUCGAGCGUGAAGAAGAGGCGGAUGUCGAGCGACGGCGAAAUGAAGCACAUGUUCUCGCGCUGAAACGGGGACUGGCGUCAGCCGCCGCUGCCGCCGCCGCUACUGCGGCAGGGUCUUCCGGUCCUGCUCACGACGAGUUCAUUGGCGAUGAGACAAAAGAUGGGGUUUCGCGACCUGACGAUUCAAUUUCCGAAUCGGAGAAAGAGACACUACCACCGCGAUCUGUAGACGACGCCGAAGCGGAAGACCAACAGGCGGCCACAACGGCAACGACGGAUGCAACCUCAGACGCUUCAAAGGACAUCGGAGGGCCGAGCCAAGACUACACUGGGACGGCCAAGACGAAUGAGAUCGACGGCAAGCCGUUAUAGAAUCAGAAGUCGGCCCCAGUAUCAUUCACGGCGGCUCGAAUCUUGCAGACUUGUACAUGAAAUAGCGUUUAAGCGUGGCGUUCUAGGGCGAUAUUUCCGGCAAAAGGGGACUGGAGGAAACCUGGGACUCCAUGGGAGGAAAAGAUCCGCCCUCGACUAUCCCUUUUCUUUUUCCAGUGGGAGGGGAGGUAAUAAUAAAUAUCGAAAACAUUUCUUCUACUUUUCGGAAUCUGUAUGGAUUUGUUGCUCUUUAUUUCCUUGAGAAAAUUUCUAUGAUUUGUAGUAGGGAGGAAAGGAAAUCAAAUCUUGAGAUGUUCAAAUACGUCAACACGUCUCCCGCUCGCGUCUUUGCAGGGUCGAUCUAUGUUCUCGACCUCUCCGCUUUCAUGGCUCAUGUGAAAACCCCCGUCCUUCACGCACUGCAUCUCAAACCACCAACCCACAAGCCUUCUCCAAGCCUUCCCAUCCCU